AGCGCUAAAUUGCUUGUGCAAAAAAAAUAAAAUAAAUAAUAAAUACAUGUUACGUGUGAUUAGUGGGCGUGUUGCGUGCGCAAUUCGUUACUGGCGCAAAGGUAGUUCUAACAGCGAUAUUUAAAGGAGGAUGUUGCGUGUGCUACUGUCUGCCAUUAUGGACCGUUUGGGGGAGCAAAGCAGCCGUAAAAGAAAAAUGAAAUUUGAAGCUAUGGCUUUGAAGGUGCUGGUGGAGGAGGCGUGUGCUCACAGUGGAGAACUGAAGCAGAAACAUCUAAGCGUUGCCAGAAGAAACGCGAUUUGGGAGGCCAUCUGUGAAAAGGUGAAUGCUGUGAGCCUAACCAGAAGAUCUCCCGAUGAAGUAAAAAGAAGAUGGCAGGAUUUUCGCAGGAGAACAAAAGAAAAACUUUCCCUCAAUAAAUCCACUUCUAGCAAAUCAGUCGGGGCCCCAGUAGAAGAGAUCCCCCUCACUACAACUGAGCAGACGCUUCUGGAAACAUUUUGUGAUGAGCGGAUUGUUGGAAUCCAGGGAUGUGACUCGCUUGGCCAAAAAAUAGUAAACCAAGCUGGUGAAACUUUAUCAGAUGUCCGGAAGUACCCGCCUUCCUCCACCAGUGUGCCUGCAUCUGAAAACUGCCCAGAAGAACCCCGAAGGUGUCCUGACUGUGAUGACGUUGAUCUGGAGCGGAUGCAGGAACGAAAUCAGACGGACUCACUGCAGGCCAUUGCGCAGGAGAUCCGAGCCGUAGCCAACGUUGCGCGCGCCUUCCGCCGUGACGCUCAGGCCAUCGUGGCGCACACUAGGCAGCUGGUCAGUGCCGUGACUGGGCUCACAAUGGCUGUAAAUGCCCUGGCAGGAGUUGGAGGCAGUGUCCCUUCACCUGCGCCGCCGGUGAAUGAAGUGGUAGGAGAGCGCACGAGUGGACGCCGGGACAACCUGCGAAAACGCAAAGCCCCAAAUAAGAACAUUGUUUUGAAGAAAAGAAAAUAAGGACAGUCAAUGCCACAAUAAUCAAUUUCUCAUCCGGAUGUUUUUUUCUUCUUCUUUUUAUUGGUUGUUCUAGGUGAAUUAACGUUACGUUUGUUUCCAUUCAUAACACAACAUUUUAUGUCCGUCAUGCUGUUUUUUUUAAUUGCAUAAAUUAUUUAAAUAAACCUUAAAUGGCU